AUGCCUCGCCAAAAAUGCACUGCCAGCGAUAUCAUUUUUGCGAGUGAGGGAAACGGAACGUACACUUUCUUUGAUUUUAUAAUCUUAGCUGAUCAGACGGUAUGCAUUAGGUAUUUUGCAGCUUGGCCAAAGUACGAGAACGGUAAAAGUGGUAGAGCGCUAGAUUCUCGUGUUACCAUGGGUUUCAGAGGUCGAGGUGGGAUGCAUGGAAUACGUAUGCCAAGAGGUGGUGGACGUUUUAUGUACGGUAGGAUAGUGAAAGGAAGAAAUUAUCAGCGGAGUCGGCCUUUCGAGUUCAAAAAGCUUCCGGAAUCUGCCAAAUAUAAGGAAUUUGCGGUUGCACCGGAAAACAUUGUUUGCUUUUCUGGUUUUCAAAAUGUAUUUACUGCUCAGCACGAUUUCCCCGUAAAAAUCGAUGGCCGUGUUUAUGAUAACGUUAACCAUUACUACCAAUUAGCGAAAACGGAAGCCCUAUGUGGCGUUACAUCGUUGUUGAUGACUGAGGGGUCGGAGAUGGUAGUUGGCCAGAAGUCGAAGGAUUAUAAUACAUUAGCCAAAAACAUUUUGAAAAUCAACAAAGUUUGUCAGUUUCUUUCUUUAACGUUAAGUUCCUUCCUGGAAAAUGUAGAUCGGGACGCUGCGGAAGAGUGGCGUCGCACUGCGGGUCUUGAAGCAAUGCAGCGGGCAUUGUUAGCAAAGGUUGAGCAGUGCCAGGAGUUGAGGAAGGCUUUGUUGGAAUCUGAAGAUAAAUUACUGGUUCAUUGCUUUGGAGGUGACGACUUUUAUGCAAGUGGUUGCAAUCAUAAAUAUAUUCAAGAUUGGGCUAGGAGUAUGAAAUCGAAUAAAGUGCAGUUGAAGAUCCCUCUGGAAUUUCCACUGACUUCAGAAAUGGUGUAUUCAAUACCGAAAUUUGGGCUUGGUCGGAAUGUAUUAGGCGUUAUCUACAUCCAGUUGCGUGAAAUGUUAAGAGGUGACCUUUUGCCGUUUAAAGGAGCUGUUAAAUCGGUCAGCGACGAAGUCACUGAAGAUAUGCAAUCUGACGAACUUACGGGUCCAACUAUAGUGCCCAGUGUUCCUGCUCCUUUAAAAGCAAGGCUUUUUUUGAUUUUAUAA